UAUGGAAAAUAAAACCAACAUGGACAUCGUUACUGUGACAGGUGGAUCAGGAUUCCUGGGGCAACACAUAGUGAAGAUGUUGCAGGAAAGAGCAGACUACGUGUCAGAAAUCAGAGUGCUAGAUUUAGUUCAGCAUAAAAACCUACUAAGCUAUGAUGAAAAUUUACCAGUCAGCAUGCACCAAGGGAGUAUCACAGAUAUAAACACUAUCACUGAAGCUUUCAAAGGAAGUCAGAGUGUGAUACAUGUAGCUGGACUUAUAAGUUUUGGCACAUUCCCAGACACUACUGCUAUGGAAGCAAUCAACGUACAAGGUACUGAAAAUAUCAUCCAAAGCUGUCUAGAUACUAAUGUUGAACGUUUAGUGUUCUGUAGUACUGUUGAUGUAGUGAUAGGUCACGAUGCCAUAAACAAUGGAGAUGAAACAACACCCAUCCCGAAAUCAUUUCUUUUCCCGGGAUAUCCAGAGUCCAAGUAUAGAGCAGAAUGUCUUGUUCGCAAAGCCAGUGGACAAAAAUGUAAAAACGGAAGAUAUUUGAAGACUGCUAUUUUAAGAGCUAAUGUCAUGUAUGGUGAGUUAGACCCAUACUAUGUAACAAAUGGACUUCAGUCAGCAAAAGCAAACAACAAUGUUCUAUACCAAGUGGGAAAUGGAACUGCCAAAUUUCAACAGACUUAUGUCGGAAAUUCAGCAUGGGCAUUUAUCUGUGCAGACAAAUCUUUGCGAGAAAAUAAAAUCAACAGUGGGGAAGUUUUCUUUAUACCUGAUAGCACACCUGUCCAGAACACCUUUAGAUUUAUGAGAAUCUUCUUAGAGACUAGACACAUGCAUCUGUCAAAGUACAAAAUUCCAUACUCUUUAGUGUACUAUCCUGUAUUGUUAUUGGAAUGGAUAUUAAACAUAUUAGCACCUAUACACAAAGUUAAUCUGCCUGUAGUUGGUUGCAGUAUUAAGUACAUAAACAUGAAUCUAUAUUUCAGUGGGAGGAAAGCUCGAGACCAAUUAGGAUAUGAACCUGUUUAUACUCCAGAGGAAAGUAUUUCAAGAAGUCUCAAGUACUAUGCUUCUGUCAAAUUAAAAUGA